AUGUUCCUCAUCGCGGAUUGUUUCCCUUUGCUCGAAGAACUCGACCUUAGUCAACGUGGAAGGUUGACAAACAUUGUUGGUGGAGUAGAGGCUCUUUCAUCAGCACUUUUCAAACUCCGUAGGGUUAAUCUCUCUGGUCAUGAAUACAUCAAUGAUGAAUUGCUUUUCCAUUUGUUUAAGAAUUGCAAGCUUCUCGAAGAUGCCAUCGUGUUUAGAUGUCCUCAAUUAACCCAAGCAGGCAUGUCUUCUGCUUUAAUUGAGAGACCAACAUUGAGGUCUUUAUCCUUUACCAGAUACUAUGAAGUGUAUGAACAUGCAGUGUUGUUUGAAUUCAUUAGGAAUUGUCCUUCCCUUAAUGCGAUCAAAGUGGAAUACCAAUGUGGGAGGGUACAAAUUGUACGGAAUCCUAAUCGUGUGAAUUUUGUAUUAAACCCUCAAUUAAAGUCUCUGAGUUUGGUUUCCAAUCGUUGGUUAACAAAUGAAAACAUGGAAGCAUUUGCAUCCUCAUUCCCCAAUUUGGAGCUGCUUGAUUUGAGCUCUUCCCAUAACAUGUAUGAAGAAGGGGUUUGUCAAGUUUUACGGAGAUGUUGUAAGAUUAGACAUUUGAACUUAUCCUACUGUCCAAGAGUGAAGCUACGCAACAUGAACUUUGAAGUUCUCGAAUUGGAGGUCUUGAACUUGUCACAUACAAGAGUUGAUGACAAAGGACUUCGUGUGAUAUCAAAGAGUUGUUGUGGACUUUUGCAACUAUUACUGGAAAGUUGUUUUGAGGUCACCGAGAAGGGAUUGAAGCACGUGGUAGAAAACUGCAAGCAACUGAGAGAGAUCAAUUUGAAGAACUGCCGUGGAGUGCAAGGUGAUAUUGUUGCCUCAAUGGUUUCUUCAAGGCCAUCAUUGAGAAAGAUAAUUGCUCCUCCUUGCUAUUCGUUCACUGACAAAAAGUGGGAAUAUUUCAGUUUAUGCAUGAUUAUUGCUUAA